UGUUACUAAAUAACUGGCUCAUCUGACGUCAUCACAGAGCUCCAGGAAGAUUGCAGUGCUCCUAACCACUGGUUCCAGAUCAGCUAACAGAACACAUUUUAACUGUUGGCGGUAGCUAUUCUGCAACAAAGUCAAGGCGACUCAGGUCAGUUUUGGUACGCGGAUGCGCGCACGUCCGAAUGUUUGGAGGGAGUGUGCGUGUUCGAUUGACAGUCAUAUGCAAGCCACCCUGCACACAGUCACGAUGUCUGAAGCUGCUGCUGUAGCUGAGAACAACGGAGACGCUGGACUAAAUGGGUCCUGGGUGGAGUUGGAGAUGAACAGAGCUGCGGCCGCAGCUGCGGCGGGGUUGUCCCAGUCUACCUCCACCGUUGGCCAGGCUCUGGGUCUGCUCCCCCUGCCUCAGGUGGUGGUGGAGGAGGUGGUGGAGGCCAUUGUGGGGGGCCUAGAGCAUGUGCCUUCCUCUUCCUCCAUCCAUAACGGAGACAUGGAAAAGAUUCUACUGGACGCUCAGCAUGAGUCUAGCCGCAGCAACUCUUCCUGUGACAGUCCUCCCCGGCCUCCUAGUCCCCAGGAGGAUGAUCAUGAUGGACAGAUCAUCUUUGAUGUGGACGUGAGCAGCAGAAUAGAUGGCCAAUCAGAGGAAGAUACCCUGGAGAGGGACAUGGAUAUCCUGAUGAAGGACUCAGACUGGGUAGCAGACUGGUCAAGUCGGCCCGAGAACAUUCCUCCUAAGGAGUUCCAUUUCCGCCACCCCCGGCAUUCAGAUACACUCAGCAUGAGAAAGACCGGGGCGAUGAAGAAAGGAGGUGUCUUCUCUGCAGAGUUCCUCAAAGUGUUCAUCCCCUCACUGCUACUGUCACACAUCCUGGUCCUGGGACUGGGGGUGUACAUUGGGAAGAGGUUGAGCACGCCCCCUACGAGUUCUUUCUGAGCAAGAAGCUGAACGAGUGCCUGCGGGAGAAAUGACGCUGUUGUAUGAAGAAUGCCCCUCUCUCCUCAAACUAUUCCUCCUUUGCCCCCUUUUUCUCUCUCUGCUUUCUCCCACCUACAUCAUUUCCUCCUCCUGUAAACUGCGCAGACCUGAACCGUGCUGUGUUCUUAGGACAGAUGUGUUGCCUCCAGCCCCCCCUCCCCCCUUCCUUCCUCAUUUGUAUUGGUGAGGUCAUGAAAAGUGAGGUCAUGUUCCCUUUUCCUCUUGUUUUGGGUGUACUUGUUUAUAAAGUGUGUUUUUGGGGGAGGGGGCAAAGCAAAAAACCAAACUCCUCUACACACUAGCUCCAGCACUCUCAUGCCUGGUACAAGAAAGAGCUGUCUGCCCCACAGAUUUACAAAAUAGAAGUAGCCCAAGAUUGUGCCAUCUACAACGGUGGUUGGGUGACUCUCUCAAGCCCGUCACUUGACCCUGAAAGGGUCUAACUAAUUUCAUAAAGAAAGAAGCUAACCUGAAAAUGUGAGCAUGCCUUUGAAAGUAAUCAUUUUGUCUAUAACUAUAAAUACAAUUUACUGUAGAUGUUAUGGUCUUUUUUUAAAGUAUUUUUACCACCAUAAUAAAGCCUGAGUUUUGAUUAAGGAUGUUAUCAAAUUUAUUUGGCCAUUGUGGCCAUGUCAAAUCCACAACCACCAGAUGCUGUGCAUUGGAGAGAAUCCGCUUGGCCUGUGAGAUGAGAUGUGUCCAGUACGUGUCAUUGUUUUGUUUCUGUCUUGAUUUCUUUACGAUAUACCAUGGGCCUAGUUAUUUAGGCUUGGUUCAAUGGGUAAACCUCUGAUAUGCCUGCGCAACUGACGGGUCAUCUUACACACUUGUACAGCAUACACGCAGACAUUUAAGAAUGAGUUUAUGUAGGUUGUUAGUCCAGCUGGGGAUUAACCCUGAUGUUUCACCACACUGAUGGCUGGAGUUGGAUUGGAGUCCAAAGGCAGAUUAGUUUUAGAGGUACAACUACAUGGACAAAUUCAAGCAUGCUCUGAAUGUUACUGCGACCUACAGUACAUCACUGUGCUCUGAGGGACCGCAGUGUUUCAAAGUUGAGAUUUAAGAUGGGGCUGUUUGUACUAACACUCCACCGUUGGAUAUUGACAUCAACCUCUUUAUUUCCCUCUACACAUCUGCCAAAAGGAACUGAGGUCCACCUUGAACCUCAACUCUUCUCAGUAGCCACGUGCCUCACCUCUGUUCCCAAGACUCCAUUGUGGUUCUGUUGGUCAGUGUCUGUCUGAUCUGACACCCGGGCUUCUCUAUGGUUUGUUCCAGUGAGUUUUAUUGUCUGUAUUGUGACAUUGGAGUCUGAAUGCACAGAGCAGGAGGUAUAGCUAUGAUAAGACUGAACUCAUCAGGGAUUUAAUGAAGAUUGUUAGAGAUAUACACUUUGCAGGGACCAUUUUUGAAAAGGAAAGUUUAAAAAUGAUUCCCCUCAGACUGCUAUGGUAACAAUAGUUAUUGUAAUCAUACACAUCCUUUUGAUUUAAUUUGGUUUUUUCCCCUCAUUGUAAAAUGGAAAAAAGGUUUUGUCAUUAAAAUUUCCUCAAUCAAA